GAAUUGAGUUUUUUCAACUGGAACUCUUUAUGGAAGGUACCAUCAAUCAAAACUAUUUACAAUUUUCUACAAAAUGAUGAGAAUUGGACAUUGGAUCUAUUAGUAUUAGAGAAUAGAUUAACAAGUUUCACCAAGAACUUUAGAAACAAUUGGAUUGUUCAUUUUCCAGAGGUUAAUAUCUUUACAGAAAGAAACUUGUAUUUACAAAAUCAGCAAGUGGAGAAAUUUUAUCUUCCAAAACUUGAUGAAUCAUUAUAUCCAAGAUUUAACAACUUCAACAAUCUUAUAAGCGUUGUCAACUCAAAUCAGAAUUCCCCUAUUCAAAACUUGAUUGAUUUAACCAUUUUAUACUACAAUCCUGUCAAAAACACAUUUACAAAUCCAAGUUUAUUUGAAAUAUUGACAUUGAAACAACCAUUCUUUAUAAUUAAUAUUGAUGUCAAGGUUAAACCUAUCAACAAAUUACCAACAAAGCAAAGAAAAUUGGAGAAAUGGCUUGAAAAUGAUUGGUGUGAGAAGGAUAAAACUAUAGAACUGAUGCAAAAACAAUUAAAG